AAAUUAAACAGCCUCAGGCGGGCCAGCUGGAUUUCCCGGUGUCAUGUUACGGAUAUCUUGAGAGAUAAAGAGCUGUGACCGGGAGACUAAGAGCUCGUCAAGCUCACAAGUUAUUCGCUAAUGGAUCGGUAUAGUGUUUCAGACCCACCUUACAAAACCACACACACCAAAUGAUUCAACGACGGGGUUUAUGUGCAUUUUCAACAAGACGAAAUUGUUAAAAAAUUAAAACACCAUAUACACUGAUAAAAUAAAGGUUCUUCAAUGCCUCAUACAUUCAGGAAAAAACAGUGUUCUAGGUGCCAGUAUUGAGUCUUUUAAAUCACAUGUAAAAAAAAAAAUAAAAAAAAAAAAAUCCGAAUAAAUAACUAUUUUUGUAACCCAUAAGUUUUUGGCAUCGAGCUGAAUAACCUUUAUUAGUUCUGACUGGAACCUUUUUAAGAUUUAGACAUUUUUAAGAGUGUCUUGGCUGUACAGUGGAUUAAUCGAAUAUGACUAUAUACAUAAGUUAUCAGAAAACACUAUCAGAAAAAAGUCGAAUUCAUGUAGAUUUAAGACGGUGUAUUGAAUUCAUCAUUAAAAUAAUAAGACUAAGGCCAUUCACUCUCAAGGCCAAUGACUUCAGGAAGUUCAACUGGCAGAAAUAAGACCUCAGGUAAUUCAUAUCGCAUUUUGACGCUUGAAAGACAAAAUGUUAUUUAUUAUCUCAUGUAUGAAAUUAUUUCCACAUUUAUUAAUUAAUUAUUAUAGAGAUUGUUGCCUGUAUAAUUUAUUAAUUAGUAAAACGAAGUCAAGAAUAAUGUAUUAGAAUAUCUUUACUUCAUUUACGAUAACUGAGACUGAAUUACAUAAUAAAAAAAUCAGAGAUGUAUAUCUUUUCUGCAUCUCCCUUCGAGCAUGUCUGACACUCUUGAAUCCAUCAUCACACCUUCUGACCCUCUACAAAAUUAACAAGCUGUGAAAAUAACACCCAAUUAGGCGCACACAUUGGUCUCGUUUUUGAUGAUAAAUGAAAGAAUUAAUCUAUAAUAGCUAAUAACUAAAAGCAAAACAGAAGUGCUAAUCAAUUAUAAUUGAAAUAGCCCAUCUAAACACUGUGAUGUCAAGAAAAACAGAAUGUUGGAUUCAAAGUUGUGGAGGUGCUUGUGAUAAUUUAAUAAUUGAUUAGUAGCCUAUCAGUGGUAUAGUGUGAGUGAGUGUGUGCGUUUGUGUGUGUGUGGUGUGCGUGUGCGUGUGUGUGUGUGUGUUCAAAGUCUCCAGUUUCAGGCCUUGACGUCCGCCCUCCGGGGAGGAAACGGAACGGAUCUGUAGAUGCAGUUCUGCUCUGCUGGCCGGUUCCAGAACAGACCGGGGCGAGCUAAUCACGGAAUGACGCUGUGCUGGGGUUCUCUGUCAUAUAUCCAUACGGGAAAACCGCAUCUGAAUCUCACGUGUGCAGCCCAGAAGGGUGACAGUGGUGCCACACAACCGGAUAACAGACGGUUAUCAAUAUUGGAGCUGCAUCAACAGAUAAACGCGGCACGGGGCUUAUUGUCCCGGGGAUCAUUUGAGAGGAAUACCAACAGAGCGUUAGAUUAGGAGGGUGUUACUUGCUGGAUUGCAUCGGGGCGCCAUGUCAAUCUUGCCCUCUUUCGGCUUUACACAGGAGCAGGUCGCGUGCGUCUGCGAGGUGCUGCAGCAGGGUGGGAACCUGGAGAGGCUCGGACGUUUCCUUUGGUCCCUGCCAGCCUGCGACCACCUCCACAAGAACGAAUCCGUGCUGAAAGCGAAGGCCGUGGUGGCCUUCCACAGGGGAAAUUUCCGUGAGCUCUACAAGAUCCUGGAAAGCCACCAGUUCUCCGCGCACAACCACCCGAAACUGCAGCAGCUGUGGCUGAAGGCUCACUACGUGGAGGCGGAAAAAUUGCGGGGCCGCCCGCUAGGAGCUGUGGGCAAAUACCGAGUGCGCAGGAAAUUUCCUUUGCCCCGUACGAUCUGGGACGGUGAGGAGACCAGUUACUGCUUUAAGGAGAAGUCACGGGGCGUGCUGCGUGAAUGGUACACGCACAAUCCCUAUCCAUCUCCACGAGAGAAGCGGGAGCUGGCGGAGGCAACGGGAUUGACCACUACACAGGUCAGCAACUGGUUUAAAAACAGAAGGCAAAGAGACCGGGCAGCCGAGGCAAAAGAGAGAGAAAACAGCGAGAACAACGGCGUUGGCGGUAAGCAGAGCCAGCGGUCUCCGCUCGACGGAGUGAAGUCGCUCAUGUCCAGCUCGGAGGAUGAAUUCUCUCCGCCGCAGAGCCCCGAGCACAACCCCGUGCUCCUCCUGCAGGGGAACAUGAACAAUCCCGUGGCUCCCUCAUACCCAAUGCCCGGCCUCGGUGUACAGCAUUCGGUGCACAACAUGCAAGGACAUCCGCAUCAGAUCCAGGAUUCACUAUUGGGAUCUCUAACAUCCAGCCUUGUGGAUUUAGGAUCUUAGGAUUUCUUGUUCACAUUUUAAGCGACAAGACUUAUAAACAUAACCAAUAUUUACGGCAUUACCACAUAUUCUUAUGACGCAGAGGACGUUUGCUGAUGUAAACUAUUAUGUUGCAAAUGAUUAGAAAAGGGGGGACGAUCAAGAGUUUCUCUGAGUUUUGGGAAUUUUGAGUUUACUGUAAAAGUGCAUAAAAUUUGUAAAACCAGCGAGGCCAAUAUUUAAGAAUAGCUAUUCACAGUAUUGUUGAAUGCAUAAACUUUUAAUAAUUUAUGAUGUUUUAAUCAAAGUUAAUUUAUAGAAAUUGUUCUGAAUUGGACAGGGAUUUUAAUGAGAAAAGCAUUGGUUUCAAACAUCUUCAACUAAACUAUAGAUGUGGAAACUGGGUUUCGUUCUUUAUUUUUUAUUCAGUUUAAAUAGGCUAUAGCCUAAUAUGUAGCCACCACAUUUACUACAUUCUUGUAGUUUUAAAAACAGCGGCUCUCCAACGUCAAGGUUUUUUUUAAAUCACAUAUUGUCAAAAUCUUCAACUCAUCAACUUGAGCAUUUGUCUUUGAGCGUGUUAAUAAAAAUAUCAGAAAUAGACAAUAAAUAAACACAAAGCCUCAAAAUAAUAAAAAUAUGUCAAUCCACGUGACACGUACAAGCCGGAAGAGAGCAUGGGCGCGUGAAAAAUGAGAACGCCUGAAACGUCAACAAGAAAAAUUGGCCCUUAUGCAGAGGGGCAGAGAGACGCCAAGGCGCCAGGCUGCGCGCAGGGCCGAGUUUGACUUUUUGACCGUUAUUUAAACUGUUUAAAAAACGCACACAUUUAGUCACUUUAAGCCUUAACUUUAAGUUUGAUUAAAAAAAAAGACAAUUGCAAUGACCGACUUAACAAAAAUGAGAGAGGAAGAAAGGGGGAGUGUUGUUGUUGUUGUUUUUUUCACUGAAAAUUGACACGAUCCGCAAGUGACCCUCCACCCAAAACGCCUCGUCCACCCAAACCUCUACAAAACUGUCGACCCAAAUUAAAACAAUUGUGAACUUUUUCUAGUUCUUCGUUGUGUAAAAACUACAGACACUGCCAAACAAUUUUAAACAAAUGGAAAAAAGUGCGAAAAAUCUAAUUUUUCGCACUUAGAUGUUAGCAUUUGCUAACAUUUUAGGACAGAAAGAUAAAAUAUGACAACAUUUCCAACUCCGCAUAUAAAAGCUAAAGUUUCUGGAAUAUUCUGCUGUGCGAUCAGCUCGAAUUCGACUAAUCUUUCUGUCUCUCUUACCUCGAUAGUCUCGUGUCAGUGUAAAUGGUUCUGAACAGAGAGCGCAGAGGGUUUCCGGACCCUAAUUAGAAACAUUCUCCGGGUGUAGAGGGGUUUGAUUGCAAAAAUGAGGGGGACACCUUUCCAGCCUCCACAGGGUGCUGCACUACAGAAAAUUACCUUUGGAGUUCAAUAAAGUCUGUCUGUCUA